UUAUUUAAAUUUAAUUAGUUGAACCAAAAUUUAUAUUUUUUGGUCAAACAAUAGAAAAUCCAAGAAUCAAAAUUUCGAACAACUUAUGAUGAACUGAUCGAUUUAUAGUAACUACCACGUGUGACAUGGAGCAUUUAGCUACCCGAAAAGAAAAGGAACAGAAAUACUCAGUGAUCUUCUAUUCAACUUUCUGUGCAACUGAAUAAACUUGCUUUUAAUUCGUUGCUGUCAAUUCCAGUUUAUAGUGAUUGUGAUUUUCUGUUUCUAAGGCUCAUUGUUGCACCGGAUCGGAGAAAAUCAUCCGUAGAUUAAUGUAUGAUCUUGCAUUUCAAAUUGCUUUGGAUUUCGACUUAAAAUAUCUGUCGCCAGCUUUACCAGAAACCGUAGUUGCGGACGCCUUUGAGCGUGCGCUGGAGAUCAGCUUCAGCAGGUAUUUAUCAAUUCCUGUAAUAUGGAAAGCCAAGCGAUUUCUUAAUCAGGGAACUGAAAGGGAGCUUAAACUAGCCAUCAAUCAAGUACGUUGUUUUAUUGAGAAAAUUAUGAUGGAAAAGAAGGAAAACAAUAGUUCCGCUGCAGAUUUCUGCUCAAAGAACCAAGACUUAGGGGAGAAAUUUCUUGUUGAUGAAAUUCUCAACUUCCUUCUUGCAAGUCAAGGAACCAUCUCAUCUGCUUUGACUUGGUUCUUUUGGUUGCUCUCUCAAAACUCGAAUGUUGAGGCACAAAUUAUCAAAGAAAUAAAAGAAAAACAUGAGGAAUCAAGGGGUAGUACUAGCACUAGUGCUAAUAAUUCCAUGUAUAAGAGAAUGGUGUAUACACAUGCUUCACUAUGUGAAUCCAUGAGACUUUUCCCUCCAGUCCCAAGUGGUGGAAUGGAUGCAAUGCAAGAUGAUGUUUUACCCGAUGGAACAAUUGUGAAGAAGGGAAUGAGUAUAAUGUACAAUGCUUAUGCAAUGGGAAGGUCUCAAGAAUUAUGGGGUUCAGAUUAUAUGAAAUUUAGACCAGAGAGGUGGUUGGAGAGAGAUGUCAGUACAGGAGAAUGGUGCUUUGUGUCGAGACCUUCGUUCGCCUAUCCAGUUUUUCAAGCAGGGCUGAGGAUUUGCUUGGGAAGAGAGAGUGCAUUUCUGCAGAUGAAAAUGGUGGUUUGUCAUGUUUUAAGGAGAUUCAAGGUGGUGCCUGCUGUGAAAGGUGUUGAGCCAGUUCAGAUUUCAUUCCCAACAUUAAGGAUGAAAGAAGGAUUUCCAGUUAGGAUCGUUGAACGCUGCUAACAACAUCUUUAAACAUUAUUUCUCUAAUCAAUUACUGCUAUGAACUGGUCAAGUUCGUGUAAGAGUGAUUUAUCAUUUUAAGAAAACUAGCAAAAAGAAUGUGUGAGUUUGUUAUCUAUUUGAGUAUAUAUGGCAUAUUAUCAUUUGGGAAGUUAAAAAUAAUUACCUUUAGUUAAAA